GAACCAAGCUUCUUCCAACUUCGCGAGUUCGCUGAAACUCCACUGGAUUCCGGAUACCUCACACCCCUCACAAUCACCAAACAGCCUUCUUCGAAUCGUAAAAACAUCCCCAACCGCGAACCUCUCUGUACACCUGAUCGGCCUCCGUGAGAACUCAUCUGAGAUCCGGAAAUGGGUGCUCUGCUCUCAAUCCCGUUUCUGGCGGUUCCCGGCCUGACUACGGUAUUGCGUUCCCCCCUCCCCUCCACCCGCCCACUCCAACCUCACAUUGACAUGGUCACUAGAUUGGCUCCUUUGCUGCGUCGUGUUGUGGUGCCGCAGCUUGUUCCGCACUGUGUAGCGCUUGUGGCAAAUGUGGUAGCAGGUAUGGGGGCUCUCAUUACAUUGCGAUAAGGGGUCAUGGCUAACUUCACUAUAGUACUGCUACGAGGAUCGCUUAUGCCUGUGUGUGGCCUAACUCAAACAUUCCCUAUUCGGGGUCCUGAUACUGACACCCUAUAGUGCUCUUCUUGUUAAACAGUAUUAUCUCAUGGAUCAUGCUCUCGCCCUGGGCCAUCAAGAAGCUUGAGCAUUUGGCCCUCGACUAUUUCCCCAUCACUUGUUUGGGGGAGCAAUGCUACGGUUUCGUUGCGGUGCAUCGUAUACAGUUUGCUCUUGGUGUUUUCCACGCUGUUCUCGCUACCGUUCUUGUCGGGGUUAAGAGUUCGAAGGGUGGUCGUGCCGCUAUUCAGAAUGGGUUAGUCAGUCAUGCUGAUGCUGACGGCUUGAGACAGAGGAUUCUAACGGUUAUACUUAUAGGUAUUGGGGGCCCAAGAUCAUUGCCUGGCUUUUACUUAUCGUUCUUACGUUCCUUAUCCCUGAGGGCUUCUUCCUUGUCUGGGGAAAUUAUUUUGCAACCUUCGGCGCUGUUUUGUUCCUUCUGCUCGGUCUCGUCCUGCUUGUCGAUCUCGCGCAUACCUGGGCUGAAGUCUGCCUUGGGAGGAUUGACGAAUCGGACUCUAGAAUAUGGCGUGGUAUCCUCCUUGGCAGCACGUUAGGGAUGUACAUUGGAAGCUUAGCACUUACGAUUCUGAUGUAUGUCUUCUUCGCCGGCAGUGGAUGUUCUAUGAAUCAAGGUGUGCUCUUUCAUCCGUACGUUAGCAACAAAUCACUAACUACAGCACCACAGCGGCCAUAACUAUCAAUCUUAUCCUGCUCAUUCUUGUCUCUGCGAUUUCCGUCCAUCCCAUGGUUCAGGAAUACAACUCGCAAGCCGGCCUAGCCCAGUCUGCCAUGGUUGCAAUCUACUGCACUUAUCUCACCAUGUCUGCUGUUUCUAUGGAGCCUGAUGACAAGCAAUGUAACCCUCUUCUGCGAGCUCGUGGGACUCGUACCGCUUCUAUCGUUCUUGGUGCCAUCGUGACUUUCCUCACCAUCGCAUAUACCACCACCCGUGCCGCCUCUCAAGGAGUUGGACCACUUCACAGAGGAAACACCUCCCCGAGCAACGGUGGCUACUCUAGUUUGGGAGAUGGGGAACAUGGCCUCGUCUCAACAGAACCCAGCAGAUCCGAACUCAGAGCCCGUGCUCUGCGCAGGGCCGUUGAGGAUGGAAGCUUGCCUGCCAGUGCCCUGGAUGAUGAUGAUGAUUCGGACGACGAAGAUGAUGCUAGAGCUAACGAUGACGAGAAGAAUGGAGCUCAGUAUAGUUAUUCAGGGUUUCAUAUCAUCUUCUUCCUCGCGACUGCAUGGACAGCAACACUUUUGACAAUGAGCUUGGAGCCCGGAAAGAAUGACGGCGAGGGUUUCACUCCUGUCGGUAGAACGUACGCUGCUAGUUGGAUUAAGAUUGUCUCUGCUUGGGUGUGUUAUGCACUUUACUCCUGGACUUUGGUCGCGCCAGUUGUGUGAGUUUUUACCAUUUCCCCCUAUAGACCAUCAGGACCUUAACUAACCUGAUCUCGUAAUAGCUUCCCCGAGAGAUUUUGAAUUCAACUACUUUGCUAUUUCCAAGUUAGUCUGCUAGUGGCAGGGCAGGGCAUGGUAUGGGUUGUUUGCGUCGCGCGUAGAAUGCAUCAGGGGAGGGGUUCAAUUGUUUCUUUGCCCGGUCUAACCCGAAUUUACUCUCGUUUUCUGAAAUGGCGUUUUUGUAUUUUUUUCGCGUAAUUGAGGCUACAUACUUUGUGUCAACAGUUUUAAGUAAUAGUAUAUCUACUUUGGAGGCUGCGAUCCAUGAUGAACUAGAGUUUCCGCGCAUAUCCCGUCUAGACGUCCCACUGCAUCACAUACCAUCACUCGGACAUUAGUCCCCAGUCGCCAAGGCGCUACUUGUGGUGAUCGAGCACAGAUCAUCCUGCGCCUAAGACUCCAAAAUCACCCGUGGGCCAUUGGACACCCUUGAGGCACAGUACGAUAUCUCCCCUGCUUCUCCGAAAGGAUCGCUUUGUCCCGAGUGAUCAUUUAUGAGAUGUCGAGUGGUGUGCUUCCUCCCACAAGUAAUGGGAAAUUGGUAUUAUGCGAAAGACUUGUAAAUCUGUGGUCAUAAGCUAGAUUGAAAAAAAGAAAACGAGGGAAAAAAGAAAAAGAAGAAAAGACAUGAGGAAGCAAGAAAAAAUAACGCCAUAACCCA